CCAGAGCACCACUCCCGGUUAAGCCAUAGUCACCAUCCGUUUGGACAAAACACCGUACACGAGCGAAAGCACAAAACGAUCUUCACAUCCAUUGUUUGAACAGGAGGGAAGCUGGAAUAAAAUAUCCUUCUCAGAGGUAUAUUUGUCGAGGCAAAAGGUGGUCAAACGACAAGCAGCAAGUACGCAGGCGAGUCGUGUUUGCGCUGAGUGGAAAGACGGCAUCCGGCCUCAGAGAAGUCGCCGAGGGCUGGGACUCGGGUCCAAACAACGUUUAUCGUUUCUGGCCCCCCCUGCCUGAAAGGCCCAUGGAAAAGAUGAAGAGGUUUAAGAGGCGUCUGUCUCUCACAUUAAGAGGCAGCCAGACCAUCGACGAGUCCUUGUCUGAACUAGCAGAACAGAUGACCAUUGAGGAAAACAGCAGCAAAGACAGCGAGCCCAUUGUGCGGAAUGGCCGUCCCCCCUCCUCCCACAGCAUGCAUUCCUUCCUGCACCAGUACACCGGCUCCUUUAAGAAGCCCCCUCUGCGCCGGCCACACAGUGUCAUCGGGGGCAGCCUGGGUUCCUUCAUGGUCAUGCCUAGAAACGGCAGCCGCCUCGAUAUAGUCCACGAGAAUCUGAAGAUGGGUUCAGAUGGAGAGAGCGACCAGGCGUCCGGCACGUCCUCAGACGAAGUGCAGUCUCCCACUGGAGUGUGUCUGCGUACCAGAACGCACAGACGCAUUUCCAUGGAGGAUCUGAAUAAGCGUCUGUCUCUGCCUGCUGACAUUCGGAUCCCUGACGGUUAUCUGGAAAAACUGCAGCUAAGCAGCCCCCCCUUUGACCAGCCCCUCAGCCGCCGCUCACGACGGGCUUCACUGUCGGAAAUUGGAUUUGGGAAGUUGGAGACAUACAUCAAACUGGACAAGUUGGGAGAGGGGACUUACGCCACUGUGUUUAAGGGGCGGAGCAAGCUGACAGACAACCUGGUGGCUCUGAAAGAGAUUCGCCUAGAGCACGAAGAGGGAGCACCAUGCACUGCCAUCAGAGAGGUGUCAUUACUGAAGGAUCUGAAACAUGCCAACAUUGUGACUUUACACGACAUUGUCCACACAGAUAAAUCACUCACGCUCGUCUUUGAAUACCUGGAUAAGGACUUGAAGCAGUACAUGGACGACUGUGGGAACAUCAUGAGUAUGCACAACGUUAAGAUUUUCUUGUUCCAGAUCUUGCGAGGUUUGGCGUACUGCCACAGGAGGAAGGUUCUGCACAGAGACCUGAAACCACAGAACCUACUGAUCAACGAAAGAGGAGAACUGAAGCUUGCUGACUUUGGUCUGGCACGGGCCAAGUCUGUCCCUACAAAGACCUACUCUAAUGAGGUAGUGACCCUGUGGUACAGACCUCCUGAUGUGCUGCUCGGCUCAUCAGAGUACUCCACACAGAUUGACAUGUGGGGGGUGGGCUGUAUAUUCUAUGAAAUGGCUGCAGGUCGGCCGCUGUUUCCAGGCUCUACGGUGGAAGAUGAACUGCAUCUCAUCUUCAGACUACUGGGAACACCCACUGAGGAGAACUGGCCAGGCAUCUCAAACAUUGAAGAGUUUAAAUCAUACAACUUUCCUAAAUACAAACCCCAACCCUUCAUCAACCACGCGCCCAGGCUGGACACAGAGGGAAUAGAGCUGUUGUUGUCUUUUCUUAAGUAUGAAUCCAAGAAAAGGAUCUCAGCGGAUGAGUCAAUGAAACACUCCUACUUCAAAAGCCUAGGCAUGCGUGUGCACACACUGCCAGAGAGCGUAUCCAUAUUCACACUAAAGGAGGUGCAACUCCAGAGGGACCCUGGCUACAGGAACACCUCUUAUCCAGAGACAGGAAACAGCAAGAACAGAAGACAGAGUAUGCUCUUCUAGACUAUGUUCUCUCACUGUCUCUUGUGGCUCACCUUCUCUCUCUCUUAUGCACACACACACACACACACACACACACACACACACCCACACCCACACACACACUCCUACAUACAGUUUGUAGAUCAUGAUGGAGUUUUUUCAGUGAUUGUGUGAUUAUAGACUGAGUGAGCUGACUCGUCCUCUAUUCCUUUUGACGGAGUGUGAAAGUGUGUGUGUGUGUGUGUGUGUGUGUGUAUUUUUGGGGUUGGGGGUGUGAAUUGUUGACCCUUUCCUCAAAAUCCUGUAUUUAGCAUGCAGCCUAGAGCCUCAGAGACCAACCCCCACCCCAACACAAUCCCUCCGCCAGUGUGUAGAGACUGCGUGUGUGUGUGUGUGUGAGUGUGAGUGUGUGAGUGUG